UAAGGCUGCCCGCUUCCGUCCGUAACACGUGUGCAACAUAAACGCCAUACAAACACCAUAACACGGGAUGAAGCACUGUCAUACACUACAGAGGUAAGUCCUAGGAAAAUAUGCCAUUCAAUAUACGGGUUGACAGACGGGUCCCUGGGGGAAUCUCUUACUUCUAUCCUUUUUCCCUCUCCGUCUCAUAUAUUAGCGAAAUACACCUUCUGGCGUAAGCCAAUAGUGAUGCUAUUCAGAAAAUCAUUCGCCUUGCCAACACCGGUGAUGGAAUGCCGGGCUGGAGUCCGCUUCACGACACAUACAUGGGAUUUCGAGUAUGGAAAGACGUUGAUUCUCACGUGGAUAGGCACUGUCGACUUGGUCAAUAUCGACCUAGCCAAGUUUACAACUGAGGGACUCAUGUGGACUGGUGAGGUCGCUAAAAGAUAUGAAGGCAACAAUACAUUUAUGUUGACACCCGGAAUCGAUCUUACCCCGGGUGAUUACGUCUUCUACAUUAGCGAUGGCUGGUGUACGGAUGAAUCGCCCAAGCUAUCACUCCCUGGCGGCUUUCUACAGAAUAACACCCCUAGGGAUAUUAGUGGCAAAAAUUCUACCGUCAACCAGGGCGAUGAUGGAUUAGCAUCCAGCGCCACAACAGGGAUUAGUAUAGGUUCAACCCUUGGUGGAAUUUUUCUUCUACUAGCCUUGGUUGCCUUCUUAAUCCAUCGCGGGCGGCGGAUUAGAACAAAGUUGGAGGACCCAGAAGCCAAUACACAGAAUAAAGGGAAGCAGAAGCAGAAAGAACCGCAAAUUAGCACCCAAGGGACUUUGUAAGACCCCAAAAUAAGGGUAUAUUCUACGAUUUAACGAUGGUGGUUGUCAAUAUUCUUGUAAUGCAAGCAGGAGUGUACAGCAAGCAAAUCAACAUUGGGUGAUAUAACACGAUAGACAUUACCUACCUAGGUACUUAGUUGGGUAUGUACAAGGGGUUCAUACCAGCUGCAUCUUAAAACUACUAGUAUCUUAUCAGCAUCUACAUAGGUAGAUAAAUAAAUAAAUAAAUACUAGAAACUUAGA